AUGACCAUACGGGUUCGAUUGGCAGAUUUCUUGUGUAAGAGAAUCUACGAUGCUGGCUGCCACCAGAUGUUUGGUGUGCCUGGCGAUUUUAAUCUAGGGUUCUUGAACCGGGUGAUGGAGUCUCCAGUGGAGUACGUUGGCUGUUGCAACGAGUUGAAUGCUGCUUAUGCGGCCGAUGGUUGCGCACGCAUUACGGGUUUGUCGGCUUGUGUGACAACCUAUGCUGUGGGAGAGCUCUCUGCCUUGAACGGUAUUGCGGGUGCUUAUGCGGAAUGCGUGCCGGUGAUCAAAAUCACAGGCGCUCCAGCCCGUGAGCAUUACCGUCAACGGCCCUUGUUGCACCAUACAUUGGGGGACUACAUGACCCCUUACCACAUUUAUGAGCGCGUGACCGUGGAUCAGGCGAUCCUCAAUGAUCACCGAACUGCUGCCAAGGCCAUAGAUCGUGUUGUGAAGCAUUGUUUAUUGUUUAAGCAGCCGGUCUAUAUAGCGGUGCCGAGCGACAUGGUGGAUGAAGAGAUCGAUGUGGACGAGGAUCUGGUUGAGUGGAUGGCGCCGAAGGAGCCUGUUAGCGACCCUAGCGCGCUAGAGGAGGCGGUGGACGAGAUUGUUGCGCGGGUGGAGAAGUCUAAGCAUCCACUCUUUAUUCCAGGUGUCGAGUUGAUUCGACGCAGCUACCAGUCCUUGUUUGAGAAGAUUACGAACAAGACGAAGAUCCCCUACGUGACCAUGUUACUUGGCAAAGGAAUCCUUGGAGAGGACCAUCCGAACUUUAUGGGUUUGUACAUGGGGCAUCGUUCUCGUCCUGAAAUCAAAGAGUCCGUAGCCGCUAGUGAUUGCGUUAUCAUCUUCGGGGAGAAGCUCACUGACCUGAACACCGGUGGCUUCACACAAGGCUUUAAUGACAGGAAUCGCGUUUUGAUCAACUACGACAACGUCAGGAUCGGCAGCCAUGGCUACACCGGAAUUUACUUUAAGGACGUACUCGCCGGCUUGCUAGAGAGGUUGCCGGAACGCACCGAGUACCCCUACGACUUCCCGAGGGCCAUGCACAGUUGUGUGAAUAGGGCAGACUCUCCUACCCGUUAUUCACCGAAUGAAAAGUUGAGCAUGAAGAAGGUCUUUAAAAAGUUCGCUCAGUACCUGCAGAGCGACAUGGUGGUAAUUGCAGAGACCGGCGCCUCCAUGUUCGCCACCGCGGAGACUAUGCUCCCUCACGGUUGCAUGUAUUUUGGUCAGACCUUUUACGGGUCCAUUGGCUACACAGUGGGUGCCUGUUUCGGUGCGUCCCUGGCCCUAAAGCGAGAAGGUAAGGGCCGUCGCGUCCUGCUGGUUGUAGGAGACGGUUCUUUCCAGCUCACCUGUCAGGAGGUUUCCAGUAUGGUCCGGUUCGGCUGCAAUCCCCUGGUGAUUCUAGUGAACAACGACGGCUAUUUAAUUGAACGAGUCAUCACCGACAACUCCUACAAUGAUAUUCAAAUGUGGAAAUAUGCACUAUUGCCUCAAGUCUUCGGUCUGCCCGAAAAAGCCUGUUUCAAGUGCGAAACCAUCGAGCAACUAGACAAGGCCUUAGAAUACGCCAAGACCGAAAAUGACCAUAUGACCUUCGUUGAAGCUGUCUUCGAAAAAUGGGACUGCAACCUUCUACUCAAAUCCGCCGGACGAAUGAUGGCGUUGAACAAUCACUUGGAGCCUAGCAUAACCGAGGAUAUGCUCGAACAUGCCGCGCAGGAGCAACAUCAGAGCACGGAACCAUGA